AUGUCCUCGACAACAACAUCAUCAUCGCCAUACCCUUUCGCCACCGCCCCUGAUAUCAUCCGCUCUCACCAAAAGGAUGCAUACUUCACCGGCCAUCUCGCCCAGAUCCUCAGCGACCUGCAUCGUCGCCUUCGUGGUGCCCGCCUAACCCAUGCCCGCGCCCCGGAAAUUCAGACCCUCGCAGCCCUCGCAUAUUUCGCCCUCACCACGAUCCCCGGCAACCGCACUCUCGGCGAGGAGUACUGCGAUCUCGUGCAGAUCGAUGCGCGCGACGGAAAACUACCCGCCAUUGACCGUCGCGCUGGCUACGUGGCCGCCAGCAUCCUCCUCCCCUACAUCGCCGCCCGGAUACUACCUGGCUUGCGCGCCCGAGUUCGCAAGCUUCUGCAGCGUCGGCUGGAGUCCCUGCGCAAAAGGGAUGGCCAAUCUACAGGGCGUGAGGCGCGCAUAUGGUCGUACCUGGAACAGCAUCUAAGCUCCUUUACGUCAGGCGCUCCCUUCCAAGCCGUCAUUCUGGCCCUUUUCUACUUUAGCGGAACAUAUUACCAAUUGUCUAAGCGACUCCUUUCCCUGCGAUAUGUCUUUACACGCACCGUUCCCGAUACGCCCGACCGCGCAGGAUACGAGCUACUUGGUGUACUGUUAGUGGUCCAGCUUGCAGUUCAGGGUUAUGCACACAUUCGAUCUACCAUUACCGAAUCGGCCGCUCGCGAACGUGCCGGUUUCGGAGCUUCCGACAUCUCCCUCAACCAUGAUGGUGCUUACAACGAGGACAACAACUUGUUAUUGCCUACAGGCGCCCCAGGCUCCAAAACCAAGGUUGACAUUUUUGCUGCUACACAUACACCAGCGGCAGCUGUGCCACGUCUUCAAUUAACUGAUGAGAAAACCAUGGGCUACAUCAAGGGUGGACAACAGAGAAAGUGCACGCUCUGCCUAGAAGAGAUGAGAGAUCCCUCAGCGACACAAUGUGGUCACGUCUUUUGCUGGGAGUGCAUAGGUGAUUGGGUGAGAGAGAAACCUGAAUGUCCGUUAUGCCGUCGGGAAGCCAUGGCUCAACACAUUCUUCCGCUGCGAGUAAUGUAA